UAUAUAUACCGAGCAGACUCCUCCGACAGCAUCACACAUCCACCGCACACCAACCAACGCUCACCAUGAAAUCCUUCAUCGUAGUCUGCGCCCUCGUGGCCGUCGCUUUCGCCGCCGAGGCCGAGAAGCCUCGUGAGAAGCGUGGAUUCCUUCACGGACUCAGCUCCGGCUACGGAUCCGGUUAUGGCUCUGGGUACAGUGGUCAUGGCGGAUACGGCGGUUACAGCCUCGGUGGAUACGGCGGAUACAGCGGAAAUGGAGGAUACGGCGGUUACAGCGGUUACAGCGGCUACUCCGCCCCCUCUGCUCAAGUCAUCGCUGUCAACAAGGUUGUCAAUGUACCCAAGGUGGUGAGCGUGCCGCAGGUGGUCAGCGUGAACAAGGUCGUCUCCGUGCCCCAAGUGGUGACUGUCAAGAAAGUCGUCGCCAGCCCUAGCUACAGCUCCGGCUACUCCGGCAUUGGCGGAUACUCUGGCGGAUACUCUGGCGGAUACUCUGGUGGAUACUCUGGCGGAUACUCCGGCUACGGUUCCGGCUACGGCUCCGGCUACGGAGGUUACAGCGGCGGAUACGGCAGUGGCCACGGCCACAGCGGCUGGUGGUGAAGUGUCUAGUCAACGCUCAUUGUGAUCCCGUUUAGUGUAAAUAUUGUUUAGUUUUUGUUCAAACAAAUAUAUUUUUUUAUUUUUGACACAA